AUGAAUAACGAGAGGAUUGCAAAACGUUUUGAAGCUGAAAUUAUGCGUGAAAUUAGAGCAGAAAUGCUAGAAACGAAUAAGAUAAAAAAAUUUAAUACCGUACUGUUAAUAAUGAUAUUGAUAUUACUUCGUAUUCUAUAUUAUGAAGAGAUUACGGAUUUCCUUAAAAAAAUCUUCAAUAAUUAG